UCGACUGCGCCGUCGCUCCGGACACUUCCUCCUGGGCCGCCGCCGCCGACUUAAACUUUGGAGGGGGAAAAAGAGCUACUGGCGCCUGGCGACCCUCCCUGCCCCCCACCCCACCCCACCGCCGGCAACGCCCCCUUCCUCACGGCUCCCGACCGAACUUUUCUCCAACUUCUGCGAUUCGUGAGAUUCCCUUCUACCCACUCCGGCCCUCGGGACCCCUCUGCCCAUCCCCGGGCCGGUCGGGUCCCUGCUAACCCCUUUAUUUCUGGGAUCCACUUGGUCCCCGACUCAGAGACUCCUGCCUCCACCCUCAAGGUGAAUUCCCCCGGGCCGCCUUCUGAGUGGGAUCCUCUUCUUGGAGCACUGGUUCCUGGGAUUCCCUCUGUCCCCUUCUCAAUCCGUCCUCUAGGGAAGGGGCCUUUGAAUCGCGGGCUCUCCUGAUCCCUGUGACCCUUACCUACUAGAUUUCCUCUUGGGCUUCUUGGAAUCUCUCAAUCGCUGGGACCUCCAAACCACUACUUUUCUCCUUUCUGCUCUGCUGGGAGUCCUGGAUUCCGGGCCUCUGACCCGCUACAGUGCCUUUCUCUCCUUCCCAGGACCCUGCCAUCCUCAGGUCCCCUCCACCUGCCAGAUCUUUUCUUGGAUCCCCGCGCUCCCACCACCUGCUCACGAGAUCCCGCAGAUCUAGGACCCAGGGUCCCCCGGGGCCCCCCGGCCGGGUCCCGGGUGGGCGCCAGGCGGCCGGUCCCUGGCUUCCCCCCAUGGCCGCCGCCCCCUCUUUUCCCGCCGGGCUCCCUGGCUCUCCCGGGCCGGGGUCUCCUCCGCCCCCCGGCGGCCUAGAGCUGCAGUCGCCGCCAGCGCUACUGCCCCAGGUCCCGGCCCCGGGCUCCGGGGUCUCCUUUCACAUCCAGAUCGGGCUGACCCGCGAGUUCGUGCUGUUGCCCGCCGCCUCUGAGCUGGCUCAUGUGAAGCAGCUGGCCUGUUCCAUCGUGGACCAGAAGUUCCCUGAGUGUGGCUUCUACGGCCUUUACGACAAGAUCCUGCUUUUCAAACAUGACCCCACGUCGGCCAACCUCCUGCAGCUGGUGCGCUCGGCCGGAGACAUCCAGGAGGGCGACCUGGUGGAGGUGGUGCUGUCGGCCUCAGCCACCUUCGAGGACUUCCAGAUCCGCCCGCACGCCCUCACGGUGCACUCCUACCGGGCACCUGCCUUCUGUGAUCACUGCGGGGAGAUGCUCUUCGGCCUAGUGCGCCAGGGCCUCAAGUGCGAUGGCUGCGGGCUGAACUACCACAAGCGCUGUGCCUUCAGCAUCCCCAACAACUGUAGUGGGGCCCGCAAACGGCGCCUGUCAUCCACGUCUCUGGCCAGCGGCCACUCGGUGCGCCUCGGCACCUCUGAGUCCCUGCCCUGUAUGGCUGAUGAGCUGAGCCGUAGCACCACCGAACUCCUGCCUCGCCGUCCCCCGUCAUCCUCUUCCUCCUCUUCUGCCUCAUCCUACACGGGCCGCCCCAUUGAGUUGGACAAGAUGCUGCUCUCCAAGGUCAAGGUGCCGCACACCUUCCUCAUCCACAGCUAUACACGGCCCACCGUUUGCCAAGCUUGCAAGAAACUCCUCAAGGGCCUCUUCCGGCAGGGCCUACAAUGCAAAGACUGCAAGUUUAACUGUCACAAACGCUGCGCCACCCGCGUCCCUAAUGACUGCCUGGGGGAGGCUCUUAUCAAUGGAGAUGUGCCGAUGGAGGAGGCCACCGAUUUCAGCGAGGCUGACAAGAGCGCCCUCAUGGAUGAGUCAGAGGACUCCGGUGUCAUCCCUGGCUCCCACUCGGAGAAUGCGCUCCACGCCAGUGAGGAGGAGGAAGGCGAGGGAGGCAAGGCCCAGAGCUCCCUAGGGUACAUUCCCCUAAUGAGGGUGGUGCAAUCAGUGCGACACACGACGCGGAAAUCCAGCACCACGCUGCGGGAGGGUUGGGUGGUUCAUUACAGCAACAAGGACACGCUGAGAAAGCGGCACUAUUGGCGCCUGGACUGCAAGUGCAUCACGCUUUUCCAGAACAACACGACCAACAGAUACUAUAAGGAAAUUCCGCUGUCAGAAAUCCUCACGGUGGAGUCUGCCCAGAACUUCAGCCUUGUGCCGCCGGGCACCAACCCACACUGCUUUGAGAUCGUCACUGCCAUUGCCACCUACUUUGUGGGCGAGAUGCCUGGCGGGGCUCCAGGUGGGCCAAGUGGGCAGGGGGCUGAGGCCGCCCGGGGCUGGGAGACAGCCAUCCGCCAGGCCCUGAUGCCCGUCAUCCUUCAGGACGCACCCAGCGCCCCAGGCCACGCGCCCCACAGACAAGCUUCUCUGAGCAUCUCUGUGUCCAACAGUCAGAUCCAAGAGAAUGUGGACAUUGCCACUGUCUAUCAGAUCUUCCCUGAUGAAGUGCUGGGCUCAGGGCAGUUUGGAGUGGUCUAUGGAGGAAAGCACCGGAAGACAGGCCGGGACGUGGCAGUUAAGGUCAUUGACAAACUGCGCUUCCCCACCAAGCAGGAGAGCCAGCUCCGGAACGAAGUGGCCAUUCUGCAGAGCCUGCGGCACCCUGGGAUCGUGAACCUGGAGUGCAUGUUCGAGACGCCUGAGAAAGUGUUUGUGGUGAUGGAGAAGCUGCAUGGAGACAUGUUGGAGAUGAUCCUGUCCAGUGAGAAGGGCCGGCUGCCCGAGCGCCUCACCAAGUUCCUCAUCACCCAGAUCCUAGUGGCUUUGAGACAUCUUCACUUCAAGAACAUUGUCCACUGUGACUUGAAACCGGAAAACGUGUUGCUGGCAUCAGCGGACCCAUUUCCUCAGGUGAAGCUGUGUGACUUUGGCUUUGCGCGCAUCAUCGGCGAGAAGUCGUUCCGCCGCUCAGUGGUGGGCACGCCGGCCUACCUGGCGCCCGAGGUGCUGCUCAACCAGGGCUACAACCGCUCGCUGGACAUGUGGUCGGUGGGCGUGAUCAUGUACGUCAGCCUCAGCGGCACGUUCCCUUUCAACGAGGACGAGGACAUCAAUGACCAAAUCCAGAACGCUGCCUUCAUGUACCCGGCCAGCCCCUGGAGCCACAUCUCAGCUGGAGGUGCCUGGGGCCCGCCUACCCCAUGGGUGGCCAUUGACCUCAUCAACAACCUGCUGCAGGUGAAGAUGCGCAAACGCUACAGCGUGGACAAAUCUCUCAGCCACCCCUGGUUACAGGAGUACCAGACGUGGCUGGACCUCCGAGAGCUGGAGGGGAAGAUGGGAGAGCGAUACAUCACGCAUGAGAGUGACGACGCGCGCUGGGAGCAGUUUGUGGCAGAGCAUCCGCUGCCUGGGUCUGGGCUGCCCGCGGACAGGGAUCUUGGUGGGGCCCAUCCACCACAGGACCACGACAUGCAGGGGCUGGCGGAGCGCAUCAGUGUUCUCUGAGGUCCUGUGCCCUCGUCCAGCUGCUGCCCUCCACAGCGGUGCUUCACAGGAUCCCAGCAAUGAACUGUUCUAGGGCAAGUGGCUUCCUGCCCAAACUGGAUGGGACACGUGGGGAGUGGGGUGGGGGGAGUUAUUUCCGAGGCUCCUCCUUGCUUCCCCAGCAAUUAAAACGGACUCAUCUCUGGCCCCAUGGCCUUGGUCUCAGCA